AUGAUUAACGAAGGAAAAUUGCCUGAGGUGCAACAGUCUUCAGGUUCUCAGGGCUAUCGCACCAAAGUAUUUGGUUCUGGGACCAAGCUCAUUGUAACAGGUAAGUUAUGUGGUAAUUACAGUAAUGCAAAGAUAAAGAGACUUAUUGUGAUAAUUGAAAAGCCUUUUAUCACAGUAAAUUGUAACACUGUGGGAGCUGCGAAAAUCUUUGGAACUGGCACAAAACUUGUUGUAACUGAAACAGAAGCAAAACUCGAUUUCAACAAGGUCCAGGUCCUGCCUCCUUUUAUUGAAAAAGAUGGGAAAGUAACACACGUAUGCCUCAUUGAGGAUUUUUACCCAAAUGUUAUUAAAGUGACUUGGGAAGAUGAGAAGAAGAAUGCAGAGAAAAAUGCAGUGCUUGGGGAAAUUUGGCCCCCUGAUGACAAUCUACAAUCAUACUCAAUAAGCAGCUGGCUGACCGUAGAUAAAAAUAGCAACAAGAAUUAUCGCUGCCACUAUCAACAUGAAAGCAAAGCGGAUUUUGUCCCCACCGCAUCUCCAGCUAUUAAACAAUAUUACCAUGAAUGCCAACAAUCUCAGGCUCCCUCUCACUGGAGACAAAAUAAGGCGGCCAGGUUUUUAUCGGCCAAAAAGGGAUGUGUUAAUUUGCAACAAGAAUCCCAUUUGACAAUUAAAGCCCUCUUUACAUGUUAUGCUUCUAUCCUUUCAGGCACCUCCAUAGCGCCUCAAAGCACAGCAGACUGUACCAACAGACUUUUCAUAGAGCGGUUCAUGCACAGGACGGCAUAUUUAAUAUACAUUGUCCUUCUCCUGAAAAGCACCAUGUACUAUGUCAUCGUACUCUUCUUCAUGUUCAGAAUGCAAAGUCCAAUCAAGCGCCAGGGAAAGAAACCUUAAACUUCUCCUUGCACCUUCCAAACUCAGCAUUUUUGUCUGAAAUUUACUUUGCUUUGCCCUAAGCCUGUUCAUAUGAAACCCCUGGCUCUAAAUAUCAAGAUGUGCAUUUCAAUUUGAUUUUGUUGGUUUAUUCUCUAGUUAGCACAGAUGGCUUCUUCUGCUUGAGAGUGAACAGUUUUACAUGUGUUCAUUUUUUCUAUUUUAUUAUUUUAAUUUUGUAACUGUAGAACUUAAAGGACUCCUUGAUUUCAAUGGGAAUUUUGCAUCACAAAGCAGUGCAGGAUCAGUCUCUUAGGCUCUUAUCCUGCAAAAACACUUGUGCACACAAGCAACUUUUUGGAUGUGGAUAGGCCAACUGCAUUCAGGGAAGUCAAUGGAAAAAACUCACCGCUAUAAUCAUUAGCGGGCGUGGAGUCCUAAUCUGUAAUUUAAAAUCAUCUGUCAUUUCAUUUCAAUUAAUUUCAUUUAUUUCCUUUAUAAAACAAAAACAGGUUUUGAAAUAUGAGUAAUUGUUUUUUAAAAAUUGAAGAUUAAUGUAUUUUAAAUAAAA